AGUCUCUGAGUAUCCAACUAGAAGAAUAAAAUCCAGUAGUUCAUUUGAAAAAUGUUGGGUUGCCUAUAAGAUGGGAGAAGUGUGUAGAUUAGUGUUCUAGUAAUGGCUUCUCCACUACUAGUUUAACCUUCAUAUUGGGUGGAGACUACUAGAAGCAAGAAUUUUUAUCAAGUAUCUAGAUGGUUUCCAGGAGAAUUUAUAUUUUGAGAGAGUCAUAGAUUACUAUAUUACCACUGAACAAGACUCGACAUAAUUGAAAUGUGUCUGGCAAAAGCAUAAGACAGAUCAACCGAUGUUGGCAAAGUUUUGAUAGAAUAUUUCAUCGUUCAAUUAAAACUGGAGAAAGUGGAUAGAGAGAAAUUCUUCUCCCUCUCACAUAACUCUAGAACCAGGGGUCAUCCCAUGAAAUUGAUUGCCGGGACAUUUAGGACCAGUAUACUGAAGUAUUUUUCACACAAUGCAUAAUCAACUUGUGGAAUUCUCUGCCACAAGAUGUGGUGACAGCCAACAACCUGGAGGGCUUUAAGAGGGGUUUGGAUAACUUCAUGGAGAAGAGGUCUAUCAACGGCUACUAAUCGGAGGGCUAUAGGCCACCUCCAACCUCAAAGGCAAGCUGCUUCACCGCUGCACCAGAGUAGACAAUACUAGAUUUGAUGGACCAGAGCAGCUUCAUAUGACCAGUUGUGCCCUCUCCUGGACAAAGGAGUGCCUUUGAAGACUGCUCGGAAACUUCAGAUGGUGCUAACCUGCCUAGACAUUAGGAUCACCUUCAGAGGUCUUUCUUUGGAUUCCUCUAUCUUUGGAAAUGAGAAAUGAGUAAUAUGGAUGGAUCUCUUUGGCUUUCAAAUAGACUCUCAGCAGAAGAAACUCAGGACAUGGAAGAAGUAACCACAGAAAGAGAGAGAGACUCUCCAGGCUCUGAACCAAUGAUUCAACAACCUGAGACAGCUGGUGCCAGAGAACCAGAAAAUGCUGCUCUCAUUCCAAAGUGCAUUACAGACAAAAAAUAUCCCUUAGCAGCUGCCUUCAUCAUCACAAUUUUGCUCAUUAUCAUCAUUGCAUUGGCUGCCAGAAAGCCACAACCCUGUCCAUCUUGUCCUUCUAUUGGUGCCGCCUGUCCAGACCGUUGGGUUGGGUAUCAAGGAAAAUGCUACAAUGCAUCUGAAGACAAAAGGAAUUGGACUGAAAGUGAAAAUAGAUGUUCCUCAUUUGGUGCUUCCUUGGCUGUGAUUGAUACCAUAGUAGAUCUGGAAUUUUUAACAGGCUUUACUCGCCCUCAUCAUUACUGGAUUGGCCUCUCGAGAGAAGAAGGCAAGGCCUGGAGAUGGCCCAAUGGCACAGAGUUUAACAACCUGUUUACAAUACGGGGAGAAGGCCAGUGUGCAUACCUAAAUGACCUUGGGAUCAGUAGUACGAGAUGUUUCUUGGAGAAAAACCUCCUCUGCAGCCAGCCAGAUGCUAACACCAAGAGGAGAAAACCAAACCUCGCCAAAAGAGGCACAAAUUCUACAUCCACAUAAAUGAAGGAGACUGAGUGGAGGAAGGUGCCAUGAUGAUGGUAUGCAGCCCAAAGCUGUUCUAAACCAGAAAGAGAGAGGCCUGCACAACACAGUCUCAGUUGACUAUUUGGCCCAGGGGGCUGAAGGCUGUUUCCUAGAGGCCUGCAGUAUGAAGCCACCUUCUUGUCACUGUGUGAGCUGUCCAUUGCAUUCCAUGGCCCUGACCGCCCCCCCCCCCCGCCGACAAAAAAGAAGAAGAAAAGAACAAACUGCAUUCCUUAUUAACUUGAAAUGGAACACUACCUUAUUUUUUUUAAUCCUAAAUAAGGAACAGUUCUUUGAAAUAGAGAACAGAUGGCAAGCCUUUAUUUUUUUAUAAUGAGCAAAUUCCCAUUGUGACUUUGAGCACUUCUAGACAGGAGCCAACAUGAUAUGCAACAUUAUGGAGCCACAGGCUCGGACUGGCCCACAGGGCAACAGGGCAUAUUCCCGGUGCGCCCCACGUGCACCCUGACUCCCACCCUUCAUUACCCCUUCUGCUCAAAACCCGGAGCCCUCCCCACAUACAUUCCACCGCCCUCUCAGUGCCCCCUGUCCGACCCUGUGGAGCCGUAAUGUUGUGCCUCAGGGCUGCUGUUACUCAGAAGAUAACUUAAGAACCGGUGGUUGCACAAGCUGUGCUACCGCAAUUUCCCCCAUUUGUAACAGGGAGAACUGUGGUAGCUACUGCCCAUUCUUAACAGCGUGGGCAGCCUUCUGAGUCCACAAUAGCCCUGGGGGGCAACAUUUAUGUCAGCUAGGGUGCUUAGUCUGGGAUUGUCACACCUUGCUGAGUCACUCUUUACAGGGGGUUCACAUAAUUUUUUUUUAAAUUUAUUUGAUUUCUAUAUCACCUUUCCAAAAAUGGCUCAAGGCACAGAGAAAUUAUAAAUAAAUAGCCAUCCGUCUGUAGUCAGCCUGAACUUUCCAGAUGCUUGCAUUCCUUAAUGCAGAAAGUCUGACUUUUUUUCUGAACAAAGGAACAGCUAUGCACUCUCUCCCAAGUAUAAUGGAUCAUAAUGCAGCUAUUUGUGGAGGUAUUUGUGAAAAGAGCAUUCUCUGCAUUGAUCUAGGCAUUUCCUCUCUCUGUGCCCUUCUCUAGCAACUGGGACUCUCACCCUUCCCUUUCUAAAUGGCAUUGCCUUUGGUCUCUGUUUUUGCUUGCUUGCUUUCUAGAUUGCAGCCAUGCAGAAGGGAGAAUCAGGGCUGAAACUGGUGAUGGGGCAGGGAGUGUAGAAUCUUUUAAAUGUCUGGUCCUGGUUGAAAAUACGCACACAGAGCUGGUGAAGUGGGGACUGUACACCCAGCAGAAUGUGUGGAAGCAGAGUUCCUAUUCCAUUCCUUUUGCAUUUUGAAGCAGAAGGGCGAUGAUCAAGCUGUUAAAAUGCUUACGUCUGAAAGUAGCCUUUGACCUCCUAGCUCUCUGUACCAAAUACUGAAUCAGCAGCUGAGAGAUUAAUAGGUCUUGAGAGGAAAGAGAGUAAGGAUAGAGUUGAGAAGGGUUUGGUGGCCUGCUGAAGAGAUUUUCUGAGGAAAGGGGGGCAAGAAAAUAGUCUCUCAUACAAAGAGAGGCCAGAACAUAUAAUUUUUUUGUUUAUUUAGCACCUUUCUAUACCACCCCAUAUAAAAUCUUCGGUGGUCUGCAGUUUAAAACACAACUUAUUUUUUUAAAAAAUAACAUAAUUAAAACAGUGUUAAAGAUACAUAAAAAUUCUAAAACUUUAAACUUUAGAACUAUGGAUUAAAAGCCUGAUUAAACAGGUAUGUCUUCAGGUUUUUCUUUAAAACAUUCAGAGAAGGGGAGGCUCUAAUUUUGGUAGGGAGUGCAUUCCAAAGUCCUGGGACAACCCUAGAAAAGGCCUGGUUUUGAGUCGCCACCAAUUGAGCUGACCAGACCUCCCCUGAUGAUCUUAAUAGGCAGUGGGGUUCAUGAAGAAGGCAUUCUCAGAUACCUUGGACACAACCCGUUCAGGACUUUCUUGAUAAUAACCAGCACUUUCUAUUUCAGCUGGAAACUUAGCCAGUGUUAAAAAGUUUCUUCUAACAGAUGCUCCAGGGCUUGCGUGAUCACACAGCUGGCUUGUGAAGACAGCUACUGCUCAGAAAGAAAGCUACUGUUGUUAGCUGUUUGAGUAAUCUAGCCCCUAAAUUAAUCAAGUCUCAAAAAACUGAUACUUAAAGUGCUGACCAUUUAAGUUGCAAAGCGUAAAAAUUGUAACUUAAAGUGAUUACUUUAACCUUUGUGACAAAGAAGCGCUUAAGACUUUGUACGUUCUUGUUUAUUAUGCUGGUUUUACAAAUUAGGCUUUAUGCAUCUGCACUUUCUGCCUGCAUGCAUCUCUACUACAGUAAAUUUCCAGGUAGAAAUGUUGAAUUUCCAGGUAGAAAUUCAACAGGUCAGCAACUCUAACACACUACAGUAAAUGUCCAGGUAGAAAUUCAACAGGUCCACAAUCCUAAUACUAGUCAGAAUAUGUGAUUUGCACCAUUAGUGAUUACCCUGCUAUUUAGGGGACUUCAGAUGGUAGUAACCUGAAAAAUAUUUGACAGACCUUUUUCAAACAAGCAAAAGACAGUACAGGUGGCCCUCUUUAACAGUGGUCCCAACACCCGCAGUUUUGCGUAUCUGUGAUUGGGCAAUGGAAAAGCAACCUCAGUAUACACACUUCAGUAGAUAGUAUGAACUGUCUGCAGUUCCUAGCUGGCCGAAAAUUACCUCUGAGGUAAUUUCUGGCCACCAUUUUGCUGAAUGGGACCAAGCCAAAAUGGAGCCAAAAGGAUCUCUCCGUCUCAGACCCAAGCAAAUAACUGUGCCCCUCGCACAACACCUGUAGUUGAAUUUUGAUCUGAGUUUUUUGAUAAUUGUAAAUGGACAAAAGGGGGAAAGACAUUUCCAUUAUGCCUUUUGAGAUUUCAAUCUGAAACCCCAUUGAAAUUUCCACAUUUCUGUAUCCUGUUUAGAUCAAGGAAUUAGAUGCUACCUGAAAUGUGUUUGAUCUUAUGCUAAUCUUAUAUGAGGUGUUAGAGAAUUCUGGCCCUUUAUUCAGGCUUUAUCACCAGUGAAGGCUUUUAAACAAUAGCUAAGUUUACCAAACAAAGGAGUAAAUAUAUGGACAUCAACUGGACUUUAUAGAUCUUAGAACAGAAUCCUUCUUGUAGUAAUGUCACUUUUAAAAACUGACUGUUGGCUGACAUGAAGAAAAUUACUCAAAGCAGUCCCAUUGACAUUAAUACGAAUACGACGAUGACAAAUAUUUAUAUACCGCUUUUCAACAAACGUUCCGAAAGUGGUUUACAAAGAUAUAAAUAAUUGAAGGGAGAAGUUAGUGUAGUAUAGUGGUAAAUGUGUUGGCCUAGCUCCAGGGAGACCUGAGUUGAAGUCUCCGUUCAGCCAUUAAACACACUGGGUGGCUCUGGGCCAGUUGCAUCUCUCUCCACCUAAGGUUGUUGUGAGGAUAAAAGGUAUACCACUCUGGGCUCUUUGGAGGAAGAUCAGAAUAUAAAGGCAAAAAUAAGUAAAUAAAUUUUCCUCAUGUCAGCUGUGUAUUUAUUUAAUGAAAUUGUAUUAUAUUCUUAAACUAAAUUCUUUUUUUUAAAAUUUGUAUAAGCAUUAACCAAAGAUUGUAUUGUAUUUUGUGCCUGGAAACAUAUGCCUAUCAUACAAAGCUGUUGUUAUAUAAUAUGCGUUAAUUGUGAAUGCGGAGGGAGGCCGGUGGUGGCCUAGGUGCUGCCUCUGCUGCCUCCCUCCCCACCCCGCCCCCUGCAUCUGAUUUUAUGUAUUUAUUUAUUAUUACACUUGUAUACCGCCCCAAACUUGUGUUCACAAUGAUAAAAACACAAAAGGAAUUAAAAACUAACAAUUUAAAAAUCAA